AUGUAUCCGCGCUCGCAGACCGACUUCACAUUCCGUUGCAUGUUUCCUAACUAUCAUGAUUGGGACAUCGCGUACACUCCAAGGGGCCUUCUCAAGCGAAGAAUCCAGCAAGCGUUGAGCUAUGCUGUUCUCGCUGCUAUUGUAGCUUGCGUUGCGAUUGCAAGAGUAUCGGGCAUUGGGCUCGUGGGUCUGGCCAAGGGUACUCUGUCGAGUCUCUUGACUUUCUUGGAGUACCGGGCCAUUUCUUGCAGGGAGAGAUUGGACCAGUAUCUUCAGAACUGA